AUGUCCCCAACAAUCGAGACCUUCACAUCCGUCCUCCUAUUCCUCCUACUAGGCCUAACAACCAUGAUAAUCAUCAUGAUAAUCAUGGUCCUUGUCAAAGAGUGGACAGAGUACAAAGCUAUGCAGUUUUGGCCGAAACUGCGUAGUACUCGCACUCUAGAUCUGGAAUCGGGCAUGUUCCUUCUACGGGACAUAACGGAACUGACAUGGCGCGUGGAUCAGUUGGAAGAUCAUAUCUCCUCCAGGAUACAGCUUAACGGAUCCGCACUGCCCACUGUCCGUGCUCAGUUCCACCAGUCCAGACGCAAGUCACAAGGGCCGCACGGCUGA